CUACAGUAAGCAUAAACCAUAGUGCUUACAGUUUAAACGUUAGUAGUCAAAUUACAAUUCCUUGUACUGUAAAAGCCAUUCCCACAGAGACCAAAAUCUACUGGACCGUAACAGUCGGCAGCAACGCAGAAAAGACCAUCUCUAUGACGAAUACACAGAAAUAUCAGGGAUCUUCUAUAAACUCCCCUUCACUGAUCAUUCUCAGUACGAAUCAGAGUGACUCUGGUGUUUAUAGAUGUCAUGCAACAAAUAAUGUUGGUACUGGACACAGUAAUCCGACCACACUUAAUGUUGUGGGAAAUAUACCAACAGUGACUGUUGAACGAACUUAUUACCUUGUUGAAUACGGAAAGUUGGUGCAGCUAGUAUGUAGUGUAAGUGCCGCACCCACCCAUACACAGGUUUACUGGACUAGAAUCCAGAACGGACUGCCAGUGACCAUUUCUAUGACAAACUCAGCUAAAUAUAGCGGUUCUACUGUCAGUAAUCCAUCUCUUACUAUCAAUAACGUUGAUCAAAAUGAUGAAACUUAUUACAUUUGUUAUGCAAAUAAUACAGUGGGAACUGGACAGAGUCCUCAACAGAUCUUUGUAGAUGUAAUGGGAACUGUACCAGAUAUUUCUAUUCAGUCCAAUAGUUACAGCGUACUACUUGGACAGACAGUUACUCUUGUCUGCACAAUAUCCGCUGACCCAAAUGCCACGAGUGUACGGUGGUAUAAAGUUAUAAAUGGAGUUCUAACUUCUCUCUCUAUCAAUGCUAUGAAAUAUAACACACCAACUGUCAGCAGUCCUAAUCUAAUUAUCAACACCGCUGCUCAGAGUGAUGACGGCUACUAUGUCUGUACAGCAACUAACAUUGUCGGAACCGGAACUUCAUCUCAGACUUAUUUGACUGUUACAGGAAAUUUGCCAAUUGUUACUGUAAUUUUACCAAAUUAUAACACUAACAUUGGUGCGACUGUAACUCUUGGUUGUACUGUAGUGGCUACCCCUGCUGCCACCAAUGUAUACUGGCAACGUAUUGUUAACAAUCUACAACAAAGUAUUAAUACAACCUCCUCCAACUCACGAUACAGUGGUUCUACAGUCCUUAAUCCGUCACUGGUCAUCACUAACGCUCAGUCGUUGGAUGAAGGGAACUAUAUAUGUUAUGCUACAAAUAUAAUUGGAACUGGUCACAGCCAACAUACUUAUCUCAAUGUCAUUGGAAAUAUACCCAUAGUGACAACUCAAGAAAGUGUGUAUUCUGUCGACAUCGGAGGUAGCAUCAAUCUUGUGUGUACUGUACAAGCCAACCCUCCUCAUACUGUAGUCACGUGGCAGAAAAUAAAAAAUGGAGGCACAACAACGGUUACAAUAUCUGGGAGAUUUUCCGGUGCUACAGUAAACAGUCCAACCCUUACAAUAUCAAAUGUAACUCUUGGCGAUGAAAGCUACUAUGUAUGUUUUGCAACAAAUAGUGUUGGAAACGGUCAAAGUCCGCAAUGUUAUUUAGAUGUCCUUGGAAGUAUCCCUACAGUAAUUAUAGGGUCGGACUACUACCGAGUAAACUACGAACAAACAGCAACCAUUGAAUGCAAUGUUGUUGCUACACCAACAGAAACCAGUAUAUCGUGGCAGAAAAUACAAAAUACUAUACCAUCAACAGUACUUAUAUCAGGGCGAUACCAGGGUGGUAGCGUGUCUUCCCCUAAUUUGGUUAUCACUGAUGUUGACAAUACGGACGAGGCAUUCUACAUAUGUUUUGCUACUAAUAGUUUAGGAACUGGACAAAGUUCUCAGACCUACCUUGAUGUACAGGGAGAUGCUCCUUCCGUACAGAUAUUAUCCAACUAUUAUUCAGUGGAAAUUGCUAUGUCUGUCACGCUCCAGUGCACUGUGACAGCUAAUCCAGCUCAUACAAACGUGACAUGGAAUAAGACAGUUAAUGGACAGCAAACUAAUAUUGGAUCAAACAGUAGAUAUACAGGGGGAAGUACUGUUACACCUUCGUUAACCAUUUCUGACGCUGUUGACUCCGAUAAAGGAUUUUACAUUUGUACCGCAGUAAAUGUAGUUGGAGAAGGUCAAAGUUCACAGACGUAUUUAGACGUUAUAGGAGGUAUAUUAACAGUCACUGUACCACAGGUAUCAUAUAGCGUGAAUUAUGGCCAGUCAGUACAAUUGAUAUGUACAGUUACCGGAACUCCUGCAGUACAAAAUGUGUACUGGCAAAAGAUCACAAAUGGCGUUCAGAGUUAUAUCAAUUCUACCACUAACGCAAACAAAUAUUCUGGAUCCACAAUAGGAACCCCGUCUCUGACAAUUCUGAAUGCUGACAGUGAUGACGUAGGAUCGUACACAUGUUACGCUUCAAACUCUGUCGGAACUGGACAGAGUCAACAAACUCAGCUUUCUGUAGUUGGCAAUGUACCCUCAGUAAAUGUUGGACAACGAUAUAAAAUUGAGAUUGGAAAUUCUAUUAAUUUGACGUGUAUUAUAUUUUCCACCCCAUCAGCCUCCAGCGUUCAAUGGAAUAGAAUUAUAAACAAUGUACCUUUUGCUAUAAACGUUCCAACAAAUCCAACUAAAUAUUCUGGUGCUACUAUAACUACACCAUCUUUGACAAUUUAUAACUGUGAUACGGGAGAUGAAGGAUACUAUACUUGUCAAGCAACAAAUGCCGUCGGAACAGGAACUAGUACCCAGACCUUCCUUAAUGUUCAAGGCACAUUACCAGUGGUAACCAUUGCCCAAUCACAGUAUUAUGCUACUGUAGGUUCUUCCGUUACCAUGGGCUGUACCGUAUCAGCCAAUCCUGUUUAUACCUUAGUUUCUUGGCAAAAAGUUCUAAAUGGAGUAGCAGCAAAUAUCAAUCUCUCUCAGACGAGUAAAUACUCAGGAUCUGUUAUCACAUCACCAUCUUUGACUAUUAUCAACGUUGUCACUGCUGACCAAGGAUAUUACACAUGUAGUGCACAGAAUAGUGUCGGAACAGGUACCAGUUCACAGACAUACCUGGGAAUAUUAGGAAGCGUUCCUGUAGUAACCGUACAAUCCACCAAUUAUUCUGUCAAUGUCGGUUAUUCCAUCACAUUAAAUUGUAGUGUGAAUGCCAAUCCAACAGCGAUAAGUGUCACAUGGAAGCGUUACAUCAAUAAUAUAGCAAUGCAUAUUGACAUGUCUAACGGUCGUUACGGCGGAAGUUCAGUGGGUUCACCGUCAUUGGUCAUAAGUAAUACUGUUAUGUCAGACGAGGGGUUCUAUAUAUGUACAGCUACUAAUGAUGUUGGAUCUUUUGAGAGUCGACCAAUAUUCUUGGAUGUUAUUGGAAGUGUUCCAAAUGUCACUGUUCCACAACCUAGAUACACAGUCAACAGAGGAUCAGCUGUUACAUUACAAUGUAUCUAUAUAGCUAAUCCAGCAGCUGUCAGUGUUAUAUGGGAAAAGACUUUAGCCAACCAGGUCACAAUAAUAUCUACAGCUAUCAGUAAAUAUGAUGGUUCCACCACAGAGUCACCAUCUUUGAUAAUAAAUACCGCGGAAGAAUCCGACGAGGCCAAUUAUGUUUGUAAAGUAACCAACAGCGUAGGGACUGGAAUCAGCUCUUCUACAUUUCUUGAUGUUUUAGGCAAUAUACCUGUUGUUACAACGCCUACAUCAGCAUAUACAGUAACUAUUGGUGAUUCUGUUACCAUGACAUGUUCCGUGACAGCUAAUCCACAACACACCACCGUUUACUGGCAAUAUAUAUCUGGUGGUUUAUCAACCAAUGUAAACAUUGGAGGAAGAUUCAGUGGCUCAUCUGUGAACUCACCAUCCCUAACAAUAUCAAAUGUACAGUUAUCAAAUCAGGGAACAUAUGUUUGCUAUGCUACCAACAGUGUAGGAACAGGAAGGGGUGCAAAUGUUAUACUGCUUGUUAUUGGCAAUGUUCCUAGUGUAAGUCUUACACGGACAUUUUUUACUGGUAAUUAUGGUGAAACAAUUAUACUUGGUUGUACUGUUUCUGCUUAUCCUAAUGUUACCUCUGUUUACUGGCAUAAAGUUUCGGGAAGUACAACUUCUACUGUAGAGAUGUCUAACUCUAGAUAUACUGGAUCAUCUGUCAGUAUACCAUCCAUAACCGUAACUAAUCUCAAUAGUAACGAUGCUGGAAAUUAUACAUGUCUAGCAGCUAAUUCUGUUGGAACUGGUCAGAGUAGACAAGGAACUUUAACAGUUAUUGGAAACCUCCCUGUAGUAACAGUACGUCAAUCAACUUACUCGACAAAGAUUGGAAAUACCAUAACACUAGUUUGUGAAGUGUUGGCAAACCCUGCUCACACCGCUGUUUACUGGACACGACAAAGCAUCAAUAACAUUUCAGAAACGCUAAACCCUGCUUCUUCUACUAAAUUUUCUGGAUCAACUACACAGUCACCGUCACUGACUAUCAAUAAUGUAGUGUUAUCUGAUGAAGGCAAUUAUACAUGUCAUGCAACUAAUGUGGUUGGUACAGGUCAAAGCUCAAAGGCGUUCUUUGGUGUUGUCGGAAAUUCACCUACAUCCAUUGCUAUCAGACCAAGUGCAAUAUCUGUCAAUGAAGGCCAGACUAUAACAGCUACAUGUACAGCCGAUGGCAGUUUAACAAUAACAUUCACCUGGUUUAAGGGAAAUUCCACUACUCAGUUUUCCAAUGGUUCUAUUCUUCAAAUAAUAUCCGUAAAACGGACGGAUGCUGGAACAUACCAAUGUAGAGCUGCGAACGCCUUUGGAAAUAUAAACGCAACUGUUUCCGUGGACGUUAAACAUGUGCCAGAUGUAGCUAUCGCAAUGCCGUCCCAAGGCGCUAUUGGGCAGGCAAUUACAAUAAAUUGCUCUUACGUUUCUAACCCUGGAGCGACCGAUAUUACAUGGAGUAAAGAAAAUCAAGGCAUUACUGUUGAUGGUAACAAAUACGUAGGGGGUAAUCUUUACCUUACAAUCACUAAUCUAACUGCAUCUGAUGAGGGUUCAUACAAAUGUUCAGUAGUGAACUCCGUGGGACAAGGAGAUUCACCAUAUGUCACUCUUUUGGUUAAUACAUCAGCUGCACCAUCAAUCAUUAGAAUAGUACCAGCAGGUAUUGUAGUACGAGAAGGUCAAGGUUUCACCCUUACUUGUGAGGCUGAUGGUGAUCCUGCCCCAAACUACCGAUGGUAUCAAAAUGACAAGAUUGUACGUGAAGGAGCUGUCUAUGCCAUUUCUAUUGCCAAUUGGAUUGAACACGAUGGUUUAAUUCUGUGUGAGGCUUUCAAUACUUUCGGGAGACAGCAGGCAAAUGAAGAUGUUGAUGUUCAACAUAGACCAGUGAGUAAUGUUACACAGAUAAGUAUUACACAAACUGGCGUUAAUAUUGCCCGUCUUAGCUGUGACACACGUGCCAACCCAUCGGCUACUGCAUGGCAAUGGUUUAAUAACGGUGAUACCAUGCAAGAAACCAGCAAGGUGAUAUUUGUUGCUAUGGAUGUCACUAAUGCAGCUAGAACGUAUACCUGUAAAGCUACAAACGUUAUAGGAAUAUCCCCUGAAAUUAACUUCAAUAUUCCUUUAGUAACGACGACCGUUCCCGAUCCUACAAAUACACUGGAGGAUGGUGAAGUAGUGGCAAUCAUCCUAGCAUGUGUCUUUGUGGUACUGUUAGUGGUCGGAGGCAUUGUGUGCUGCUAUUGUCAAGAUAAAUGUGCUUCUUUAUGUGGUGGUAAGAAAGAAAGAAUUAGUCCACAACCAGAACCUAAAAGAGUUGAAAUACCUGUGUACUAUGAAGAACCGGAUGAAUCGGUUAUUUCACUACGAAAAUUAGAAAUACCAACAUUCAAGAAGGAUACAGAACAACCAACUAGAACAACAGAUUCCAAGAAACACAAAAAGAACAGACGAACAAAACAUCGCAAGAAUAGUAAUAAGUACAGUCGAUACUCUGACACGUCUUAUGACUUUGACAUUAACAAGUUUGAGGUCCUUCAGCCUGAAGAUUUCAAACAACCUGAUGAAAGACAACUAGCAAGUGACAACACAUAUUCUGAUAUAACUUGCACAUAUGAUGACGAAGAAGAGCGUAGAAGACGAUGGCUUAGAAAGAAAAAGAAGAACAAGCGUCUUCAAGAUCAGCAGAUGCGUGACAAUGAAUAUAUUUUAGAAAAAGACGAUGUGAGGUAUUACGUUCCUCGGUUAGGUCAAAACAUAGAGAACAUGAAACAUUGAGGGUAUUGAGUGAUCAUGAGCAUGAUAUAAUGACCGGUGAAGAAUUCAUUUUGAACAUGAGAAGUUUGACAUAUAAGAUAUUGUGUGUACUAAUGGAACUGAACAUUUUGAUAAAGCGUUGUUAUAGUAAGCAUGACAUACAAAGUUUGGCAUACCAGUUGUGAAUGAUAUUACAAUUAUUUGUCAUUAGAGUAACAUACUUUUUGACGGAAUAUGAUUGUAUCUACAUAGAGAAAAGUAGGUGUUAAUGUAACAUAAAGGCUUUAGGUUGUAGAGAAAUAUGUUAAAAGUUUUAGAAAAGUAUAUUGUCAGAACUAUCUACUUUGUAUACUUUUAAUGCAAGGAUAUCGAGGCAAUGUUUCAUAGAAAAAAACAAUCAUCAAUAAUAUUUUUCAUAAACUGCAAGGUACUAUAAAUUUCAAGGGACAUUAUCUACCUAAUAUUUAUUUUGUUUAAAACAUUUAUCAAAGUGGAGUUGUGAAAAGGAAACUUGGAUUUCAGCAGUCAAGUUUCUUUCAUUUUGUCAAAAUCUGCGCACAAAGAUUCCUUUCGUUGACUGAUUCUGCACACAUACACCCAUUCAAAUAUUGAUGAUUUACAAUACUUUUAACCUAUGGCAUUAUACGAUUUCACGUGCUUGCCUUUAUAUUUAUGUCCGCAUCAGUUCAUCAACAAUACAAAUGCCUUAGAGAUCAACUAAAUUGUUUACUAUUUGGCGUCUAUUCUAAAAUACUUAUGAAACUGAUACAUUUUAACGAGUCCAUGCAUUGCUAAUUGUUUCUUUAGUACGUUAUGUAAUUUAAAAUAUUUGAUUUUGAGUCGGAAUGGUGAACAUGAAUUUGACAGCUAAUGCCUCUUUAAUCAUAGUUUUUAUUGUCUGUGGAUUUAAUAAUGUGUUGUUUGGUUAUCUUUAGUCUCAUUUUCUAAUUGUGUGUUUCAAUGUUUUAAAACAUUUGUGUAUGUUGUUUCUUUUUGAUUUUAUUUUAACACUUUGCUUAAAUGGUAACUUUUAAAUUCAUGUAACAUAUAUCUGAAUAAAUUUAAUAAGUUUUA